GUGGGCUAGAGAAUACUUGAGUAGAGCCCGGGGAGACUUUGAUACAUAGAUGCCUAGACCUUCCGUAUCCUGAAACAAGCAUUUUUUUUGAAAAUUUUAAAGUGGUCGAAUGGAAAUAUUAUGUUUUGUCUUUCAUGCACUCCGGUUAAAAUUUAUGCAGAAGUUCUAGACAUGGAUUCGACCCAUCUUCUUAAAACAGUAGACAGCUCCACAUAACCUAUAUCAGAAAAUGAGGUCCGCUCCACCACUAUCAUCCGAUAACUCAUCAUCCUCCUCCUCCUCAUCGUCCAUAACCUCUUCACUGUCUUUUUUGCCGAUUCAAAAAAUGAUUAAACUCUGGCCAUCUAUUCUAACUGACCAGAUAACACCCAAGGCUACUGCUGACGGUCAUGAACGUCUUAAUCCUUUCGAGAUACAAACUCAUUCGCCCUCGUCAUCCUCCCUAACCUCCAGCAAUGGUCUCGCAACCCCAACUCUAUUAUCACCCGGUGUUUCAAUUCACCACCAUUUACUUGGCACUGGCUCUCCAGCUACCGCGGCGAACGCCGAUCUCACGCCGCCAGGUCCUAUAACACCUUCAUCCGGUGCCUUUGCCGCUCGUAUUCCUACAACCCAAAUUUCCCUUCAUGCACCAGAUUUUUCAAUGCGUAACACCAAAAAUUCAACUAACCUCUCAGAUUCAAUGGAGAGUAAACCCAAUACGCCAUCGUCAUCGUCCCCCUCGACUAGAACUUCUUCAAUCGCAUCUACCUCAACCGCUACCCCGCACUCAACGGGAACGUCCAAGGGUCAGAUCCACGUCAAGCUCAUAUCUGCCCGUGGUCUUAAUGUCACAUGCGUACGCUCACGGCCUUAUGUCGUCGUCCAAUUCGAGCAGAACGAGUUCGUAAGCCGCGAUCCCACAGACGAAAUGGACAAGGAGGUCAAGGGAACUGCGACCGCUUUCUCUCGGGCAUCGUCUUCUAUCGCUCUCUCAGCUCUCUCAUCCAUCGGCGUUCCUCGUCCACCGGGAAAGGCUAGUGCCGGAAAUUCCCCCUCGUCAUCUCUUUCAUGUAAUCAACCUUCUCCCAUCAACCUUCCUUCCACCACUCAGGGCCUUUUUGGUCGCUUAUCUGCACACAAUCCUGUCUGGAAACACGAGGUGUCAUUUGAUGUUACGUCCGAAGAAUCCCUCGUCUCAUUUAACCUCUAUGACCGCGUAACGGACCAUCUCUUUCUCGGCACUGUACAAAUAAAGCCAGUCCUCAUCCAUGAUCAUACUGUUGAUCAAUGGUACAAGCUUCGGCCGUUCGAGAACGAAGUAGUAAGCGGGGAAAUGCGGGUACAAAUCACUUUCGAGCAAUACAAGACCAAACGCGCGCUUACACCACGCGACUUUGAGUUCCUCAAGUUGAUCGGACGCGGCACCUUUGGGAAGGUCUUCCAAGUUCGGAAAAGGGAUACAAAGCGAAUAUAUGCUAUGAAGGUUCUCUCAAAGAAAGAAAUCGUUGCGAAGAAGGAGGUCGCUCACACGAUCGGAGAGCGAAAAAUCCUACAACGUUCUCUAGAAUCUCCAUUCCUCGUUGGCCUCAAAUUCAGUUUCCAGACGGAUACAGAUUUGUACCUGAUAACAGACUUCAAGAGCGGUGGCGAGCUGUUUUGGCAUCUCCAGAAAGAGACACGUUUCUCCGAAGAACGGGCCCGAUUUUAUAUUGCAGAACUAGUUCUAGCCCUGGAGCAUCUGCAUAGAUACAACAUUGUUUAUCGGGAUCUUAAACCCGAAAAUAUCCUUCUUGACGCCACUGGCCAUGUCGCGCUCUGCGAUUUUGGGUUAUCAAAGGCGGAUCUACGGUCCGACGAACUCACCACAACGUUCUGUGGCACGACAGAAUACCUCGCCCCCGAAGUGCUUUUGGACGAGCAUGGAUAUAGCAAACUCGUCGACUUUUGGUCGCUAGGCGUACUCCUCUUCGAGAUGUGUUGCGGCUGGAGUCCAUUCUAUGCCGAAGACACACAGCAAAUGUACAAGAACAUCUGUUUUGGGAAGAUUCGAUUCCCGAGAAAUGUUAUCAGUGAAGACGGAAAAAUGUUUGUCAAGGGGCUUUUAAACCGAAAUCCCAAACAUCGCUUAGGGGCGCAGCGCGAUGCCGCAGAACUGAAAGAACAUCUGUUCUUCUCGUGUAUAGAUUGGAAAGCUCUUCUCCUGAAGCAGGUGACACCGCCGUUCAAACCUGUCGUAGAGUCGGAUGAGUCGACUGCGAACUUCGAUCCAGAGUUUACUACUGCUGAUAUCAAAGAGGUCGGCGGUGGUCUCGACGGGCAUGGGAGUCCGGACGAAGAAGAUCCUAGUGAAGACUGGACCCAAACACAGGGCGGCUUGCCAGGGUCGCACAUGCCGAACGGACCACUGGGUAGUGACCGUAUAAACCAGAACGGUCUGGCAGGUCCUCCCUCCCCCUUGCCUAAUGUCAAUAGCGCGGGACGUGCCAUCCAGAUCGGAUCGCGGAAGAAGCAAGAUAUUGCAGGGUCGCCGCUGACGAACAGCGUACAAGAGAAUUUCCGCGGGUUCACGUACUCGGGAGGCGAAAGUGUGGUGUUACAGGGCAUAAUGGGUAGAGAAUCAGCUGACGACGACGAUGAGGCAGUGGCCGAUGAAGAAAUCACAGAGGUGACCACCGAAGAUGAGUUCGAAGACAGGGAGAGUUUCGCGGGACGGUACUCGAACCGAAGAAGAGGAAUUGAUGAGGACGUAGCCGUAUGAUGUGUUGGCUGCGCAGGCCGUCCAAGGCGGUCGGCGCUUCGCGCAUGUACGGAAUUUCUAUUCCACCGACUCGUCAAAGACGGAAAUGGACUAAUUUGGACCUUUGCAUGCGCUGACCCACCACCUGCUUGAGGUAUUGUGCCUCCCAUUACUACUUAUCUGAUUUAAUCGCAUAUUUGUUCUCGCCACCCUUCCCAUGCAAUUCCCCCCCUUGUUCAUAUCCUCUUUAUGGAGCAUGUUAUAUAUCUCGAGUCGAACACAUGAUUGUCCGUCGUGGAUUGUUUGUACCUGCUUCUGUUAUCGCUGUUGUUCUAUAGUAUAACGUACCACAUUUUACAGGAGUUGUAAUAAUUCAUUUGAUCUGUAUCCCU